UCAAGAAAUCAUAUUAGGCAGAAAAAUCUACUGCUGUUGGGAGAAGAGAGGCGCAAAGGUUAGGUGGUCACUUAGAGUGGCGGGAAUUCUUCCACGGAGAUUAACAAAAACAAAAACAAAAACUCUUAAAAAGGAUUCUGGUGUUAGAAAGGUCAGCAAAUAGAGGAAAGGAGAUUUCAGAGAAGAAAGGGAAGUUCUUGAGUUUUCCAGAAGCGGGGUCAGAAAGAUUUUUAGAGUGAAAGUAUGAAAGAGGGAGGAGGAAGAAGAGUGUCUGAGACAUGAAAGGGAAAGUGAAAAAAGAAAAUUUUCGUAGAAUACAGCGUUCGAGAAAAAGAAGAAGAAUCUGAAAGAUAGGAAAAACCCGUUCACUCAACUUACUUCUCAAGUUAGACGCCAAUCAUAGGACAUCUGAAGAAUAUUCGUCAUUUUCUUCUCCUGUGCAUUAGUCAUGGCUAUUUCUGAUGAAAGUGAGGUACUAAGAAGGAUGGAGGGCAAAUUUGAAGCAAUGUUAAUAUGUUUCAUUCUUGGACUCGGGUCCCUUAUUGCAUUGAACAGCUUGUGGACAAUGGGAGAUUACUACUACAAAUUGUUUCCAAAGAGAUACCAUCCUUUGCGUGUAUUCACUAUCAUUUAUCAACCAUUUGCACUUUCAAUCAUGCUGAUACUGACUCACUAUGAGUCAAGGAUCAAUACAAGGAUGCGGAACUUAAGUGGAUACACACUUUUCUUCGUUGGCUCUUUGUUAGUUCUUGUUUUGGAUCUAGCAACAUCAGGGAGAGGGGGAAUAGGGCCUUACAUUGGUUUAUGUGCACUUUGUGCUUGUUUUGGAAUUGCACAUGCUUCUGUACAAGGUGGCAUGGUUGGAGACCUCUCUUUUAUGUGUCCUGAGUUCGUUCAGUCCUUUGUUGCUGGAAUAUAUGCCUCAGGAGCUCUAGCCUGUGCUUUGAGACUUGUCACCAAAGCCAGUUUUGAGAAAUCUGAUAAUGGUCUUCGAAAUGGGGCUUUGCUAUCCUUUGCAAUCUCUACAUUCUUUGAGUUUCUAUGCAUUGUUCUGUAUGCAAUCUACUUCCCUAAGUUGUCCAUUGUAAAAUACUACCGUUCAAAGGCAGCUUCAGAAGGAUCAAAAACUGUUUCAGCUGAUCUUGCAGCUGCUGGCAUUCCAAAUGGGACAAACCAACAAGUUGGAUUUGAUGCUAAUCAACAAGAACGGUUAAGCAAUAAGCAGCUAUUUCUUCAGAACAUUGAUUAUGCAGUUGACUUGUUUCUAACGGCUGUAAUAACCCUCUCUAUUAUUCCUGGAUUCUUGUAUGAAGAUACAGGAUCCCACAAGCUAGGAACAUGGUACCAACUUGUUUUGAUUACAAUGUACAACGUUAUGGAUCUAACAUCAUCAUAUAUUCCCCUCAUCAAAUGCCUGAAGUUGGAAUCUAGAAAGGGUUUACUCAUUGCAGCUCUUUCUCGUUUAUUGCUGGUCCCUGCAUUUUACUUCACAGCAAAAUAUGGUGAGCAAGGUUGGAUGAUCUUUCUUGUGUCUUUCUUGGGACUAACCAAUGGCUAUCUCACUGUUUGUGUAUACACAGUGGUACCUAAAGGUUAUAAGGGUCCUGAACAAAAUGCUUUGGGUAAUUUGCUUGCACUGUGGCUUUCAAGUGGCAUAUGUGCUGGGGUUGCACUUGAUUGGCUUUGGCUCAUUGGGAAAUCAGAAAAUUUCUAAAAGGAAACACUAAGUAUAAUAAAUAAUGAAUAUUCAUCAAGUUUAGUUUCACUUUGUUUAAGCAGGUAUAUAAUCUAGUACUCUAUUUUAU